AGCGGCGGCGUCGCGGCGCGCAUGCGCGGCGCCCGGGCGGAAGCGGCGCGCGGCGUGCGGCGGCGGGGCGCGCGCGGCGUCCAUGGGGCUCCUUAAAGGCGCCGGCGCCCGGCCCCCGGCAGGUGUCGGCGGAUGGAAAAGCCGCGCCGGGCUGGAAUGAGCAGGGCCCCGCCAUGGCCGAGGAGGCGCCGCCGAGCCCCGCCGGGGCCAUCACCCCCCUGCAGCAGAUGCUGGCCUCCGGGACCGGCGCUGUCCUCACCUCCCUCUUCGUGACGCCCCUGGACGUGGUGAAGAUCCGGCUGCAGGCGCAGAGGACGCCCUUCUCCAAAGGCAAGUGCUUCCUCUACUGCAACGGCCUCAUGGACCACCUCUACGUGUGCAACAACGGCGACGGCUGCGCCGCCUGGUACAAGGCGCCCACCCGCUUCAGCGGCACGCUGGACGCCUUCGUGAAGAUCGUGCGCUACGAGGGCGUCAGGUCUCUGUGGAGCGGCCUGCCCCCCACGCUGGUCAUGGCCGUGCCGGCCACCGCGAUCUACUUCACCGCCUACGACCAGCUCCGCGACUACCUGCAGGCCCGCGCGGGCGGCCGGGGCCACCACGUCCCCUUGGUGGCCGGGGCCCUCGCCAGGAUGGGCGCCGUGACGGUGAUCAGCCCCUUGGAGCUCAUCCGCACCAAGAUGCAGUCGCGGCCGCUGAGCUACCGGGAGCUGCGCGUCUGCAUCCGCUCGGCGGUGGCCCAGGACGGCUGGCUGUCCCUCUGGAGGGGCUGGGGGCCCACGGUGCUGCGCGACGUCCCCUUCUCAGCGCUCUACUGGUUCAACUACGAGCUGGUGCGGGAAUGGCUCCGCGGGCAGGCCCGCCUGGACGAGGCCGCCGUCGCCAUCAGCUUCGUCUCCGGGGCCGUUUCGGGGACGGUGGCGGCCGUGCUGACGCUGCCCUUCGACGUGGUGAAGACCCGGCGGCAGAUCGAGCUGGGGGACAGCGAGACGCUCCGAGUCCCGGCCUCCAAGCCCUCCUCCACCUGGCUCCUGCUGCAGCGCAUCCGAGCCGAGUCCGGCACCCGGGGGCUUUUCGCAGGCUUCCUGCCCCGUGUCAUCAAGGUGGCGCCGGCCUGCGCCAUCAUGAUCAGCACCUACGAGUUCGGCAAAGCCUUUUUCCAGAAGCUGAACCAGGAGCGGCAGCGGAGCGGCUUGUGAGCCGGGAGCCGGUGCCCCCCCCCGGCGAGGCGCCCCCCCCACGAAGCCCAAGUGCCUUUGGGCCGCGGCGCCGUGGGGGCCCUGCCCAUCCCUCCCUGGCCGGCAUUGGGCUGGGGGGGCCCCGCUCCGUUACGCAGUGUCCCCUCGCCCCCCCGCCCCCUCCCCGCCGCGGGGCACUGGGGCACCUCGCACCCCUCUCCAGGCCAGUCCCCCCCCCCCCCCCCCACAUCCCGGGUCGGACCCUGCGUGCUGGGGACCAGCCUCACUGCUGCUCGGGGGGGCCGGGAAGCGUUGGGGGCACCGAGCCCAUGCCCUGUCCCUCCCCACGAGGGCCUGCCCCCCCCCGCCUUGCACGGGGCGCCGGGGGGGGAAUUUCCUCUUAUUUUCUUAAAUAAAAGAAAAUGGUAUUUGGCA